CGCCACUUGGAGCACACUGUUCCUAUAUGAAGGCUGGGGACUGGUCGCCAAGCCGUGUGACGACGGUCCUGUUCGUUCCUGCACCUAUACCACUACCACCGCAAGUCUGCCGCGCGCUGUAAUGCCUAGCUUCGAACUUAUCGCACUAGGUUGCGGCGGAGGACCUAGUGAACAUAAUUUAUCGAGUUAUUUAUUAAAACCACAUGAUGCGCACUGGAGCGAAGGAGUGCUCGCGUUAGAGGCAGGCUCAGGCAUCGGGGCCUUGGGCAAGCUUCUGAAUGACGAGCCAGAACUGUUCGCCUCAGGUCAGGUCAAGAAUGGUCAUUCAUCACGUACAGCGGGCGAAGUUUAUUCAUGGAUCAAGUGUUUCUCUGUGUCACAUGCGCAUCUGGACCACAUCAGCGGAUUAGCCCUGACUGCAAGUACACUCAAGGGGAAACGCACCGUGUUCGGCGCCAGGCGAUGUUUACAGAACAUAGAGAACCUAUUCUCGGGCCAAUUGUGGCCACGACUCGCGUCAUGGAAGGAAGACGAUAACGUCCCAUUGCUACUGCAGGAGUUGCCAGACGAUGCCAAGUACCACACCGUAUUCCCCGGCAUAUCCGUCCGCAUGAUGCCACUGAGCCAUGGGAGCUACGAGGGCAAGGGAACCUACCACUCCUCGGCCUUCUUCAUCAAGCACAACUCCAGCGAGCACGAGUUUCUCUUCUUCGGAGACGUCGAACCCGACAGCAUAGCCUCCGAACCGCACACCCGAGACGUCUGGCGCGUCGCCGCGCCCAAGAUCCCGAACACCCUGGACACGAUCUUCAUUGAGUGCUCGUACCCGUCGGGGAGACCGGACGACAUGCUGUACGGACAUCUCACCCCGGAGCAUCUGGUAGCUGAGCUCACAGCUCUAGCAGCGGAGGUCGUGGACGUGCGGACGCGGACACGUCAGCCCAAUAGCUCACAGGAAUGGGACGAGGACGAGGAGCCGGUACACGCUCGCAAGAGACAGAGGAGGGACACGGAGGCGCCCUCAUUACGCGGCGUUCUGGCCGGCCUGAAGGUCUAUGUCAUCCACUGCAAGGACGACGUACAAGGCGCGUACACGGAGCCCGUCAACAGAGUAAUCGCCUCCCAGGUACGAGCAUUAAUCGAAGCGGAAGGGCUCGGUGCGGAGGUUGUAGGAGUGGAACAAGGGAUGAAGAUAUCUAUAUGACGUCCGGAGUCUGCCUUCAUAAUGGAUCGUCUUCACACAUGAGUGCAUCGUUUCAUCACUUGACACAGACGUUGCUGUUCCCCCCGCUGUCCAUUCUACAAUCUACUCCCCUGUAUCCUCAAUCAUCGUCGUAGCCCCCCGAGUAUUGUCGUCACCAUGUAGCAUAGCUUUCCAGUUUUACUCCUUUGUAUCGCACGACUUCCGACAUCAUGAGCUCGGUCACUGUCC